CCAGUGCCUCCGCUUCCGGCUCGAGUCGCUCUCCCCGCGCCCGCCUUCGACAUGUCCGAGACCGCGCCCGCCGCGCCCGCCGCGCCGGCCCCCGCCGAGAAGACGCCCGUGAAGAAGAAGGCCCGCAAGUCCGCAGGCGCCGCCAAGCGCAAGGCGUCCGGGCCGCCGGUGUCCGAGCUCAUCACCAAGGCCGUGGCCGCCUCCAAGGAGCGCAGCGGCGUGUCCCUGGCCGCGCUCAAGAAGGCGCUGGCGGCCGCCGGCUACGACGUGGAGAAGAACAACAGCCGCAUCAAGCUGGGCCUCAAGAGCCUGGUGAGCAAGGGCACCCUGGUGCAGACCAAGGGCACCGGCGCCUCGGGCUCGUUCAAGCUCAACAAGAAGGCGGCGUCCGGGGAGGCCAAGCCCAAAGCCAAGAAGGCGGGCGCGGCCAAGCCCAAGAAGGCUGCCGGGGCGGCCAAGAAACCCAAGAAGGCGACCGGGGCCAGCACCCCCAAGAAGAGCGCCAAGAAGACCCCAAAGAAGGCGAAGAAGCCCGCGGCGGCUGCAGGAGCCAAAAAGGCAAAGAGCCCGAAAAAAGCGAAAGCAGCCAAGGCCAAGAAGGCGCCUAAGAGCCCAGCGAAGGCCAAAGCCGUGAAACCCAAGGCGGCCAAGCCAAAGACCGCCAAGCCCAAGGCAGCCAAGCCAAAGAAGGCAGCUAAGAAGAAAUAAGUUUCUUUGGCCUACUGCUUAGAAGCUCAACACAACCCAAAGGCUCUUUUCAGAGCCACCCA